UCCGGUAAUAUGCAAUUGAACAACAACAACAACAACAAUCGUCAACAACAAACGAAACAAUCAACCAACAAUGAACAAAAAAUCCAUAUGUACAGUCAAUUGUUCGGAAGAUGAAGAACGCCUUGUUCGCGAUCUAUUUCGUGAUUACAACAAACUAAUUCGUCCUGUCAAACUUAUCAAUGAUAGUGUCAAAGUAAAUGUCAAAUUACAAUUUGUACAAUUGAUCAAUAUUAAUGAAAAAAGUCAAAUAAUGACUUCAAAUGUAUGGAUUAAUUUGCGAUGGUUUGACUAUCAACUCACAUGGGAUCCAGCAGAUUAUGGUGGUAUCACUGUAUUACAGCUUCCACCGGAUAAAAUUUGGAAACCGGACAUCGUACUAUUUAAUAAUGCCGACGGUAAUUACGAAGUUCGUUUCAAAUCAAAUACCCUUUUAUCAUAUAAUGGUGAAUUAUUUUGGUUACCUCCGGCCAUCUAUCAAAGCUCAUGCCAAAUUGAUGUUACAUAUUUUCCAUUUGAUCAACAACGUUGUGUUAUGAAAUUUGGUUCAUGGACAUUCAAUGGUGAUCAAGUGUACUUAGGUCUUAUUAAUGAUCGUUAUAGUGUUGAUCUAUCUGAUUAUUGGAAAAGUGGUACAUGGGAUAUUGUUGAUGUGCCUGCAUAUAUUAAUGUUUAUAAUAAUUCAAAAUAUGGUAAACCAACCGAAACGGAUAUAUCAUUCUAUAUAACAUUAAGACGUAAAACUUUAUUCUACACUGUCAAUCUAAUAUUGCCUACAGUAUUAAUAUCAUUUCUAUGCAUAUUAGUAUUCUAUUUACCAUCUGAAGCCGGCGAAAAAGUAACGCUUGGUAUUUCAAUUUUAUUGGCAUUGGUUGUGUUCUUAUUACUUGUAUCAAAAAUAUUACCACCAACAUCAUUAGCGCUUCCAUUGAUUGCCAAAUAUUUAUUAUUUACAUUCAUUAUGAAUUGUAUAUCGAUACUAGCCACUGUAAUUGUAAUUAAUUGGAAUUUUCGUGGUCCACGUACACAUAAAAUGCCCAAUUGGGUACGGACAGUAUUUCUUACAUAUUUACCCGCAUUAUUAUUUAUGAAACGUCCAAAAAAGACACGUUUGAGAUGGAUGAUGGACAUGCCUAAUAUACAUCAUCAUUAUCAUCAUUAUCAUCAUCAUCAUCAUCAACACCAUCAACAACAACAACAACAUCAUUAUCAUCAUCAAAUGGGUGGCCAAACGGCCGAUACUAUCAUACCAUCAUGCCUUAAUACAGCUACUGGUUCAAGUGCUGGACCGCCAGACGAAGUGAUCAGUGGAAAUAUAUCACCAACUACCGUUCAACAACAACCACCAUCAUUAUCAACCACAACUUCUACAGCUCAACGACAUCAUCCAAAUUGUACAAUUUCUGCUGUACAUAAUCAAUCGAACUUUCAUAAUCAACCGCCAUUAUUACAGCCUCAUCAACAUCAUCAUCAUCAUAAUCAAACAUCAUCAAUAGAUCAAGAUAUGAUGGCCAUCAGAGAUAAUGAUAGUCUUGAUUUAUAUUUUAUGUCACCCGAUGCAUAUCGUGCUGCCGAAGCAAUCGAAUUUAUUGCCGAACAUUUACGUAAUGAAGAUCAAUAUAUACAAAUUCGUGAAGAUUGGAAAUAUGUAGCCAUGGUGAUAGAUCGUUUACAAUUAUAUCUAUUUUUUGGUAUUACAUCAUUCGGUACGAUUGCCAUAUUAUUGGAUGCACCACAUAUCUUUCAACCGAUCGAUCAGGAUAAAGUUAUACAGGCAAAUCUUCAUGAUUGAGAAAGAUAGAUUGGUAUCAGCCACAAUAUUUGGUCAAAUUUGUUUUGAAUAUUCAAAUAAGAAUUGAAAUCAAAAUCGAAUAUUUCAUCUUUCUCUCACU